AUGAGGACAGUCAACUUCGCCGGAUUGCCAACUCCAAACACAGAGUCUCGCCCGAGCAAGCUGCAGUCCUCUGAGCCUAGCAUUCUUGCCAGUCCAUUUUCUGGCGCUCGUGGCAAUUCAGGCCUCGAUUCGGGUCUUGUCGAGAUUUCUUACUUCCCCCCAAAGGGUCGUGCCUUGGUCGUCGAGGGUGUCUCUUCUACCGUUUCCCAUCUGGCUGUGGCUAGUCUCUUUUCACGCCGCAACCUCGGAAGCAUUCAGGGUCCAUACCUCUCGGAGCUCAAGUCGCUGGGAAAGUUCAUCGUUGCUUUCACUGAUCUACGUGACACCCAGCGAGCCCUUGAAAAGGUCCAGCUCACUCAUCCAGAGUGGCGAGCAACUCCUCUUCUUGCCCGUGAAUGUGCUCAGGAGUCAAAGGGUCUCAUUGGAAGCAUUUCUGAUUUCGAAGGCCAAAUUUCCAUCAAGGUCAUUAUCCACGGACACCUUAGCGACAUUGACUUGUCCCAAGUAAACUCUCUUGUUCAAGGAUUGGUCAAGGGUUUUGGCGCAUUGGUCUCUUUUAAGGCCCUCUUCCUGCCUGCAGGCAAUAUCAAGGAGUUUGUCGCCGAAUUCUGUGAUACCAUCGACGCUGCGAAUGCAGUGGCUGUUUUGAAUGGUGCAAUCAUUGAAGAUCUUGAAUUUGAGGCCAAGCACGUUCGUCCUGACGUUCCUUCUACCUCUGGCAGCUUGCUACAACAGUUCAUGAACCCUCGAGGCCACAUCUCUCCCAAGAUCAGCCCUUCUUAUAAGAUCGGUGGAUGUGCUCGUGACCAUAGCUACGUGUUGAGUCCAACUGGUCGCUCUAUCAUACCAAUGGAAGAGAUCUGCGACAUGAUGGAGAUGCUUUCUCCUGUGCAGAAAAUCUCCAGUCUUGAUUCUAUACAUCAGCAUUCAGAUGGUCGUCUCUCCGAUCUACGUCCCAAGCAUCCACAGAAUAUCGUCGACGUGAACCGCAUUCGAUUGGGUCAAGAUGUCCGCACUACUAUCAUGCUUCGCAACAUUCCCAACAAAGUGGAUCUGUCCCUUCUCAAAGCUAUCGUUGACGAGACUAGCUUCGGCAAGUAUGACUUCAUGUACUUGCGUAUUGACUUCGCUAACAACUGCAAUGUCGGCUAUGCGUUUAUUAACUUUGAAGAUUUUGUCGAAGCUCGUGCUGGUCAUACCUGGAACUGUUUCAACAGUGACAAGGUAGCCGAGGUCUCUUAUGCUACUAUUCAAGGACGAGAGUGCUUGAUCCAGAAGUUCCGAAACAGCUCCGUGAUGCUUGAGGAUCCUUCUUUCCGCCCAAAGCUGUUCUACACAGGCACUGGUCCCCUCGCUGGAACUGAAGAACCCUUCCCAGGCCCGAACAACAUGUCUAAGAUGCGUCGUAGCGUCGAGAAUGCGGAACAAGUUGGUCUUUUCGCACCCCGCAUGAGCCGUGAAGGUCGUCGUGGACAAUCAAUUCGCCCUGACUUGCCUACACCUCAUCGUCAUCGUGCAAGCCCUCCUCACCGUCAGGGACUUUCGGGCAUGGAUCCUAUGGCUUCGCCCCUUGCACUCCGACGUGGUACGUAG